GGAGGCUGCCAUGACACAGUGGAUGCUGCACGGAAUCAGUUCCACAGCAUCAGCAGGCAGCGGACCUCCAUCCUCCUCAUUAUCCCUCUCUCGUUCUCUUUUUUCUCUUCCUUUGCCUCUCCUCCUCUCACCGCCACCCUUGCUCUCUCUUUUCUCUCCCUGUUCCUCUCCCUCCGACAGACACGUAAGCCUGUUCGAGCACACUGCAGCAGAGGACGUACACACACACCAGAGAAGAUAGCAGCACCAGCAGCAGCAGCCGUAGCAGCAGCAGCAGGAAGACUGCCUUUCCAUCUACUUCCCCCUGCCUCACAUCCUCUACCUCACCAAUUUCCUCUUUCAUAUCCUCCUGCAUCUGUUUUUUCCCUCUCGCUCCUUUUCCUUUUUCCUCAAACCCACUAUUUCUCCUCCCAUCUCCAUUCCAUCCCCUCUUCACGCCUCUUCUCCUUUUCCGGCCGGCUGGUUUCCCAGGAUGCCUUGUUCCAGGCUGCUCCGCUAGGCCCGAGCAGCAUGGGCGGAGCCUGGGUGGGGAGAGAGAGCACGGAUUGGACCCUUCCCCUCAGGACGGGCACGCUGGCGGGUCACCCUCCCUCAGCUUCAGAUGGGCGAGGACGCUGAGAGCCCCAAAAUCAACCACACCUUCCUGCGAGACUACGUCACUGAAGCUGAUGUCAUCUCUACGGUGGAGUUUAACCAGACGGGGGACCUGCUGGCCACGGGGGAUAAAGGUGGCCGAGUGGUCAUCUUCCAGAGAGAGACUGAGUCUAAAGGGGAGUCGGACGAGCCAGGGGAGACGGGAGACUCUGGGGAAUACAAUGUCUACAGCACGUUCCAGAGCCAUGAACCGGACUUUGACUACCUGAAGAGUCUCGAGAUUGAAGAGAAAAUUAACAAGAUCAGAUGGCUGCCACAGCAGAACGCUGCACAUUUCCUCCUCUCCACAAAUGAUAAGACCAUUAAACUGUGGAAGGUGAGUGAGAGAGACAAAAGACCAGAGGGAUACAACCUGAAAGAUGAGGAGGGACGGCUCAAGGACAUCUCUACCAUCACCUCUCUGCAGGUGCCAGUGCUGAAACCUACCGAUCUAAUGGUAGAAGUCCGUCCCAGACGAGUGUUCGCCAAUGGACAUACCUACCAUGUCAACUCUAUCUCAGUCAACAGUGACGGGGAGACGUACCUGUCUGCUGAUGACCUCCGCAUCAAUAUGUGGCACCUGGGCAUCACGGACCGCAGCUUCAAUAUUGUGGACAUCAAACCAGCCAACAUGGAGGAUCUGACGGAGGUGAUAACAGCAGCAGAGUUCCACCCUCACCACUGCCACUUGUUUGUGUACAGCAGCAGCAAGGGCACCCUGCGCCUCUGUGACAUGAGAGCCUCUGCACUCUGUGACAAACACACUAAAUUGUUUGAGGAACCCGAGGAUCCAGGGAGCCGGUCCUUCUUCUCAGAGAUCAUUUCCUCUGUGUCGGACGUCAAGUUCAGCCACAGCGGACGCUAUCUGCUGACCAGAGACUACCUCACCGCCAAGGUGUGGGACCUGAACAUGGACAAGGGCCCCGUGGAGACUUACCAGGUCCAUGAAUACCUAAGGAGUAAGCUGUGUUCCCUCUAUGAAAACGACUGCAUCUUUGACAAGUUUGAGUGUGUUUGGAACAGCUCAGACAGUGUGAUCAUGACAGGGGCGUACAACAGCUUCUUCCGGAUGUUUGACAGGGAGACGGGCAGAGGUGUAACCCUUGAGGCGUGGCGGGAAAGCAGCAAGCCUCGGGCUGUGCUGCGGACCCGGCGUGUCUAUACUGGUGGCAAGCGUCGCCGUGGAGACGUGGGCGUUGAUAGCCUGGACUUUACAAAGAAAAUACUGCACAUGGCUUGGCACCCGUCUGAGAAUAUCAUUGCCAUAGCAGCCACCAACAACCUGUACAUCUUCCAGGACCGUGUCAACCCUGAGACGCAGGCACAGUGACGGGGGGAUGGGAAUAUGGACAGCGGCAGACACAGUGCUUUUAUUGAAUUUGUCACAGAAACAUAAGCAGUGACUCAAGUAUAUCAGGAAGUCUUAGAGAAGGCAUGGGGAGUGGACAGCCUUUAUUAGAAGAUUAAGUCUAAGCCAAGCUGUCUCACAACAUACUGAGAUACAACAUCUGUUUGUGUUGAUAAAAGAUUCAUGAUAAAAUGACAAGACUGUUGAUUUAUUGGAUCCCCAGGGAAGGUGUAUAAUCUUUGUUUUUUUUUUUCAACACUGAGAUGAACUGAUGUCUCCAGGACAUGUUUUUGGUCCCACUCUAAUCCCACUUUUUGAAGAUGUUUGUGUAGCUGCCCCACUGUGGGGGCAGUAAAAGAGGUGCGGGGACACCUCUCCAUCUGUAAUGACUCAGUGCUGUUGACCACACAAUGUUGCACUCCUCACUCAUAUGCUCUGGUACUAUUCGACACUAUUGGAAGAAGGAAUGAUGCUACAGUCUUGUGAUGAUCUGACUGUGGAUUCCAAGUAACUUUGCAGGAUGGUGCAUCUAAAUCUAAAUUUAAGCAUUUUUCACAACUGUGAAACUGAAGAUUAGGAGUGGUGUUACUGUACAGCCCCUCACAACAUCCUGAACCUUUUUUUUUUUUUUUUUUCUAUCUAAUGACAACAGCAGCUGAACCUCUCCUUUAGAGCAGUGCUCUUGGAGAUUGCACGCAUAAUUGACCCAUAAUCUUUGCCCUAUUCACUUUGCAAUAACAGCACUAACAAAAACACAGUGCAGCAGUAUUCCUGCUUUAAAACACAAGCUUUUCUUCUACAGGUAACAUAAAUGUACACUCUCUUUUUACCGUUAGCUGUAAAUAUUCAAUGUUCUCUUUUUUCUUUUUUUUUAAUGCUGUAGUAAUUUUGGUCCCAGAGAGCUAAAAGGUGAAGAAUGCAUUUUUGUCUCAUACACUGAGAUCUCGUUUAUAGAAAAGUUGUGGAAUCUCAUUGACUCGAGCUUUUGCUUGUAGUAGUACAUACACGGUACAUACAUAGGUAUUGCUGGGUGUAGAAAGAGAUGUGCACAAACCAACACUUAUGUUUUGUUGUGUAUAUUAAGCCUGUGAUGGGUUUUGAUUGCUGUAUCAAAGUCUCCUUUUUCAUUGUCUAAAGUACAUACUUACAUGGUAAAUUAUUGCAAAUGAGGGAGACAGGGUGUUGAUGUUGAGCCCUCUCACAUAUGCUCAAAUUGAGGCUGAUUGGUGAUUAAAUCUAAAAUAGAUUAAAGUUGAAUUGCUGUUAAGUGUUAUGCUAAUAUAAAAUGAGCAAAAUGCUUAUUUUAUAAUACAUAAGCACAUUUCAGUGAGGGAUCUUACAAUCAGGAAAAAGUUGGAAUCGAAGCACAUUGUUCAUGAAGGAGGCCGCUGAUUCAGCGAAUGAUUCGAUGACAAAGGCCGUGUCCCGUGUGUUUGAAGGUCGGAGGUUCUCAUCAGUGCAAUAGCUCAUUAUCUUCAUUGCUGUCAUGUCUUUAACAUUGAAACAAUGUCAUGUGAAUUUAUCAUAUCACAGGUUCAUAAUGCCAUUAUACCAUUAUACCUCACAGUGCCACAUGCUACUCUGGGGCGCGACACUGAAAGCCCAGGAUGUACAGCAGUAAGGUGAUGUCUGUGUUGGACUGAAUUAUGUGACCUGUUCAAGAUUUGAUUGUUUACAGUGAAGUGCUUUGUUUUCAAGUGACCUUGGCCCUGAUGGGAUUAUUGUAAGUGGCGUCGACGUGUAGGCUACUGUAGCUGGUGGAGUAAAACUAGCAGUGCAGAAGUGGAAAGUGUCAAGUCCCUUUGCACUUUUUUUCAAAACCUGACAAGUACUCUGUGUGAUGGAUCAACAACAGUUCACUGUGUUAACCUUAAACCCCAAGAAAAGAAGGAAGCGUCUGUUCCACUCUUCUGCUUUCUCCUCACGUUUCACCUCUUUUCGUUUCAAAGCCACUGUUCACAGAUGUUUAUGUUGCAGCUUGUGAGCUAGGCUAAGGGGUUCUCUUAUAGACACCCCUACUACCUUUUGGUCUUCACUGUCCAUUGGUGUUUUUGAAUGCCGACACGAUGUUGCACUGAUUGGUUUAACGAAGUGUACAAAACACAACAAAAUCCAUGACGACUCACAAGAAAACGGUUUACAUAGUGACGGACCACCUAAAGGAUUAUACAAGUUCCAGGACUGUAGUCCUCUGAUGGUGAGCUGUAGUUUAGAACAAGUCAGUUAUAAUCGCAUCAUAACCACCACCACCACAUACAAGCAGUGAGAGGAUUUGUGUUCAGGAGCACAGCAGCAGCAGCAUGUUGCCAUUAUUCAAUGCUACUAGUGUGUAUAUCUAUCAUACUUUAAAAAAAGACAAAUCUAACAAUACAAAAAACAUAACUCAAAUGAGAUGAAUGAAAGGAAUGUGCAUUAAUAAAAUAACAGGAAAUCUG